AUGCCGCGUGGCCGCUGGUGUACAGACUCUAGCACAGAGUCAGAUUCCAUGGACUCCGCGGACCCGAACGAAUUUCGUAUUCAUUACCGCCCCCGAGGACACCACCGUGACUUCCUCAAACCCCGCGAUGGCCGCUCCAGGGCAGCUUCUGUUGGUGAUCGCCGCUCGGAACCGCCAAUCAUCAACUACAUCAGCAAUAAAAUACCAGUUAAGCCCCCACGUCGCGCUCAAUCCCGUGCGAGAUCACUGUCUCGUCGGCGGGACCCCGAUGAUUGGAAUGAUGACGAUGAUGACCUUGUUCGUGCUCGGCGGCGACUUCGUCGGGAGAAGCUUGCGCGGGAGCUCCUAGAGCGGGAGCGCGAGCGCGAGCGGGAAAGAGAAAAGGAGAGGGAAAGGGAAAAAGAGAAGGAAAAGGAGAAGGAGAAGGAAAGGGAGAAGGAAAAGGAUAGAGAUCGGGAUAGAGAACGGGACCGUCUCAAGGCACAGGAACAACGGAUUCAAGAACUUAUAGCGGAAAGGCACUGGGAUGAAUUAGAGAGAGAAGAAGAUUCGUUUCGCCGCCGAAAAAAGCGAUGGAACAAGAUGAUGCGCGAGAGAGAAGUGGAGCAAGAGGUCUGGGAGCGGGUGCGGGAUUAUAGCAGAGACAAUCGCCAGCGGUCUCGGGAUCGAAGCAGCAGCCGGAGCCGGAGUCGGAGUCGGGAUAGGAGAGGGGCUCGAGAUGCAUGCUGGACUCGUGAAGAGAUUGAGAACGAACUUGCUCACGAGCAGCUUCGGCAGCUCAAACAGGACGAAGCCAACAAGCGACAUGUCACCGACGCAUUCAUGAUAGCAAAAUUAAAGGCCCUGGAGGAGGAGGAAACAGAAGAAAAAGAAGGAGCGGAAGCUUCGCGAGAAAAUAGAAGGAAGAAGAGGAGGCGGAAAAGGCAUUCCAGGAGCGGCUGCGACAACUAUUCGCUGACCAUGGAAUGUCGGGAGGAACAGGCACACGAGUUUCUACAUCCCAAGGAAAAGGAGCCAAGCAAGGAACUCCAAAAGAAAGAGACCGAAUCAGAGGAGCCCUUUGUCAAGGUCCAUCGUCGCUAUAUCACGCCUACCACACUUAACAUGUACAGUCUGCCGUGGGAAUGGGAUCCGGAUGACGCGGACUACAUCCUCAUCCACCGCUGGAUUGACGAGAGCUUCCAGCAAGAACUCUUCGAGCACACCCGGCGGCUUCGAAUGGGCAUCACCGCCGGGCCUGUGGAGACAGAGUUUGUUGAGCUGAAGAUUCCUGAUAAGAAAAAGGACAAGUUGUUUUUGGUCAGAAAGAAAGGUAAAAAAUGUCCUGUCAUCAGAUGA